ACGUCUUGGAUCAAUGGUGAAGGGAGGGGGCCAAAACCUACCGCCCUAUGUGAGUCAGGUGAUUGAUCAGCUGGAACGCCACUGCUUGGCCCCCGAUGGAUCCCUCGUCCCCAAAUCCGUCUACUACGACCUCCAACUCAUACUCUCUAUCUCGAGAGAGGAGAUGUCCAGAGAGAGACUUCGCUACUUAGAAGCAAUGGCAAUUUACUCCGAAGCGAUUGCUAUGGUGGAAGAGUAUCAGCGAGCUGUUUUGGUGGCCAAUCUUGGAGGCAUUCGAGAUAUCCAUGGGUUAUACCCACAACUUAGCUUGAAGAAUCCUCCUCAGGUUUAUGAGACUCUAGAGCAUCGGUUGGUUGUGGCUGAAGCAGCUCAGAAAUUGAGGCUUCCUCUUAUAUCAAAGGAUGGUGAAAUCCAUGAGGAGGAAAUUGAGAAAUGGAGUAUAAUGUCCCUAAGCUCCCUUGAUAGUUCAAGUACUGGCAUCACUAUCAGCUCAAGCUCUAAUUCAAUAAAUUAUGCAAAUAGUUCUGCAAACAGCACUGCAAGUACAACAAAUGAUUCCUUUUCUCUUGGUGCUGCUGAUUCAUUCGAAAUUGGAGUUGGUGGUGUUACCAAUCGCUUUCUUGGUAUAACAUCUGCCUAUUUAUGGCAAACUCAGCUCCAACAAAUGCCAUUAAUGAUGGACACAGCAGAUUACCAGAUGUCUCUUUCCCAUGAGAUUGAGGAUCGUUUGAAGGAUAAAUGUGAUAAGUUAGCAGAUGCUUUUGUUGAUGAUAUUGACUCAUCAUCAGCUAGCCAAAAUUCAACUUCUCGGCUUCCAGAGAGGGUUAAGUUGAUAAUUGAGGAAAUUGAAAGGGAAGAAGUUGCUCUGCGAGAGGAUCUCUAUUCUGCUGAUCGAAAGUUUGCAGAACACUACAGUGUCUUAGAGCAGAUACUGGCAGUGCUUAUUAAGCUUGUAAAAGAUCUGAAGUUACUGCAUCAACAUAAAUAUGAUGAAUUACAAAAGACAUGGCUAUGUAAAAGGUGUGAGACCAUGAGUGCAAAAUUAGGGGUUCUAGAACAUGUUCUCCUGCUUGAAACUUAUACUCGGGAGUCCAUUCCAGCCCUCCAUGAAAUAAGGAAGUAUCUUGUAGAGGCUACGGAAGAAGCUUCUAUGGCAUACAAUAAAGCGGUUACACGCCUUAGUGAAUAUCAAGAUGUGGAUCCUCAUUUUGACACAAUUGCAAGACAAUACCAUGAUAUUGUAAAGAAAUUGGAAAAUAUGCAAUGGACGAUCAAUCAAGUUGAAAUGGACCUAAAACGAUUACCAGAUCAUCCAAGCACAUAAUUUUCUUCACCAGCUCUCCAUUAUAUGUAUGUAUUCUUUUCUUUUUAAAAAAAAAUAAUAAUAAUAUUUGUGAGGUGAUUCUCAUUACCAGCCUGUUGCUUAUCGUGUAUAGUAAUUGGCAAUGAAAAAGACAUUAUCUUGAA